UGCGUCAUUAUGUCGUUGGUGUUCAAGGGAUACAGUUGUCUCGUGUGCGCAAUUAAUCCACUUAUCGAGCGAAAUUCUGAGAAUUAUUUUUGUUGCUUUGAAGAUAAGAUCGUAUAAAAGAGAAAAAUCAAAAAAUGAGUAAGCCGGCAAUCGGUAUUGACUUGGGAACAACUUACUCGGUUGUUGCAGUAGCUCGUAAUGGAACCGUAGAAAUACUCGCUAAUGAUCAGGGAAAUCGAACAACUCCAUCCUGUGUGGCUUUUACGGAUACCGAGCGUCUUGUUGGCGAGGGAGCGUUGUACCAAGCGCAUAACAAUGCUGAAAAUACAAUUUAUGCUGCAAAACGUUUAAUUGGUCGCGAAUUUGAUGAUCCCGAUGUUUUGCGCGACAUGAAAAAUUGGCCUUUUGCUGUCAUCGAGGAAGAUGAUCACACAAAGAUUCGCGUUCAAUACAAAAAAGAGACUAAAACUUUGUAUCCAGAGGAAAUUUCUGCUGCUGUCUUGGAUAAAAUGCGUGUAACUGCUGAAGCGGCUCUCGGAACAAAAAUCAAAGAUGUCGUCAUCACAAUUCCAGCAUAUUUCAAUAAUUCUCAACGUGAAGCAACAAAAAUUGCUGCCGAUAUCGCCGGAUUGAAUGUCGUUCGGAUGAUCAAUGAGCCAACUGCUGCUGCUCUCGCUUAUGGAACGCAAUUCGCUGGUCGUGGGCGCAAAAAUGUGUUGAUUUUCGACUUUGGCGGCGGUACUUUUGACGUUACAAUUGUCACGAUCAAGGGAAAAGACUACAAAGUUCGUACAAUUACCGGCGACACGCAUCUCGGCGGCGAGGAUUUCGAUACGUUGAUGGUCAAGCACUUUGUUGAGGAGUUUAAACGGAAAUUCGGUCAAGAUAUCAGCAAAGAUAAAGGAUUGCUGCGUCAUUUGCGGACUCAGUGCGAACAAGCGAAGCGAAUUUUGUCGUCGCAAACACAAACAAAGGUCCAACUUGCAGGAACAAAGUUGGAAGGUGACAUCACGCGAGCUCGUUUCGAGGAUUUGUGUCACGAUUUGUUCGAGAAAUCGAUUAAAUUAGUGGAAAAAGCCUUGAAAGACAGCGAAAUGUCGAAGGAAGAAGUUGACGACGUCGUUUUGGUCGGCGGAAGUUCUCGUAUUCCCAAAAUUCAGGAAAUGUUGCAGGACUUCUUCAACGGGAAAGAGCUCAAUAAGUCGAUUAAUCCCGAUGAAUGCGUUGCCUACGGUGCUGCUGUUCAAGCCUCGCUUCUGCAAGAAAAUCAAGCGGAGCAAUUCAAAGGCCUCACUUUGUGCGACGUUUGUCCUUUAUCGUUGGGUGUCGAAUUGAUCAACGGACAAAUGAAAGUUUACAUUCCUCGUGGAUCGACUGUCCCGGCAAAACAUUUUGAAACGCUGCAAGCUGCCAAAGCAGAAACCAAAUCAAUUGUCGUCAAAAUUUACGAAGGCGAACGUUACAUGUGCGAAGAAAAUAAUUUCUUGGGAGAAGUCGAACUCACAAAUAUCCGAUCGGGAGCCGAAGGAGGCGGUAAAAUCGACAUCACGUUCGAAGUUGACAAGAAUGGACUGUUGAAUGUGAGUGCUGUUGAGCCAAUUACAGGUGUGAGCAAAUCCAUUUCGAUCGUAAACAAGACGCGUUUGAGCAAAGACGACACUGCGAGAAUGAUCAAGGAAGCAACGGAAUUUCGUGCCUUGGAUGAGCAAGCUAAGAAACGUGUUGAGUCCAUGGAUGGUUUGGAACGUUUGUGCUGCCAAUUGAAACGCACGGCAGCAGCAAUGAAUACUCGUGGCGAAAUGCAAAAUGCAGAUAAGAAAAAAAUCGAUGACAAAUGCGAUCAAAUUGUCUCGUGGUUGGAUGCAAAUCGUAGCGAUGUUAAAGAAGCUUUUGAUCGAAAACAUGCAGAGUUGGAAGCUUUUUGGAAUUCCUUUUUAAAAAAGGAUGAGGAAUGAUUUUUUUGAGUUUAUUUUUUCUUGUAAAGUUAAGUACGUAAUUUGAGACAAUUAAUAAAGUAAGUUUCAAUA